AUGCCAUUCCUCCGUGCUCCAAUAGACACAACGGUCAGCCACAGAAAACCAUCUCCGAGUUAUCUAGAACGGGUUCCAUUCUCUGUCCAACUCGUGUUCCUUGGAAAGGGUUUGCGGCUUCUGCCUGUCAGCCUCUUGUGCGGUUCCGGGAUAACACUAUGGAAGAAAUGCGACUCUCGCGGAAAGACAGCGCCUUUGCAUGUCUUCGGAGGGACGGUUCUGGACGUCAGACAGAGUGCUGCUAACAGCAAACAGGAAUGCGUAAACUUUGGUGCAUUGAUUGACCGUCUUCGUGAAACGACGGGUAAGAGGGCCAUGAUGGUUGACAUCUUCUUUAUGGAGGCAGACUACGCACUCGAUCUGAAAGGCGACAAAUCAUCCCAGCUUAGUUCCUCUACGUCUGCGGAAUACAAUUUUGCGCGUGAAACUCCUUCCCAAGCGUUAGCCAGAUUUGCUUCCGCAGAACGGUUUACUAGACAUUUUGGACUCGUUCCGGAAUGGGAUGACUGGUUUGAAAGCGGAACCAAGCUCACAUUCCCUGGCUCAACCACUUCCUUUCAGUCUAUUGAAAAGCUGAAGACUAUUCUUGACUUGGCUGGCUGGCGCCCAGGUCCCUUGGUCAGGAAACCUUAA